GGAAGGAAGGUUGAGCGGCGCCAUAUUUAAUACAUCAGUAGCUAGCUCUCGUUAGCUGUUUACAAGCUCAAACUUUUAACUAAAGGCGGAAACCUAAACAACCCCUCUACAGUAAUUAAAAAUGAAUGUAAUCGAUCAUGUACGGGAUAUGGCGGCCGCUGGACUCCACUCUAAUGUCCGGAUAGUGAGCAGUUUGUUGCUCACGAUGAGUAAUAACAAUCCGUAAGUAAUAUUAGGCCGGGGUCCGUCUAUUACCUGGGGGAUGCUUUACUAUACCAGUACAGAGCUAACUAGCAAAUAGCAAUUACUAUAAUUCAGUUACAUUAUAGUAAAAAAUGAGCCUGCAAAAUGUUCUGCUUAAGCAAUUUUGUCAGUAUGGUUUUUCUAAAUAAAGUUUUCACAGGCUGAUUUGCUUCCAAGAAUUAGCCGUGUGCAGACGCUUCUGAAAUCUGUGUUUGCUGUUGGUUGUCCUCUUUUUAGAAAUGUGAUUAUUAUGUAUUACCUUACAUGAAGACAUGCUACUGGGAUUAAAAACAUACUUUUCAAUAAUUUAGAAAAUAUUCUGAGUAAUAUGAAAAACAACAAAUUAACACUGAUGUUUGAUGACAGAUGUAGCAGUACUACACUUAACAUCAACUCCCUGGAUUACUCUGGACCCAGUUAGUUCAAGAUAGUAAUCUGUGUUUGUUUUGCUGCAUUAUUAUCCCUUCUUACUGGCUGUUUAAGGUUUAUAUUGUAGUUAAUGUAAUACCUGAGCUUGUGUCUACUCUCUGUUUACAUGAUUUCAUUAUUAGGGAGCUGUUCUCACCGGCCCAGAAGUACCAGCUCUUGGUUUACCAUGCCGAUGCCAUCUUCCAUGAUAAGGAAUAUCGUAACGCUGCUUGCAAAUACAGCAUGGCAUUGCAACAGAAGAAGGUGCUCAGCAAAACAUCCAAAGUUCGUACAUCUACAGGAGGAGCUGCAUCAAACCUACAGGCACAGGUAUGUCAGGACUGAAGCUGUCAAAAUAAUCUUGAAGCAUGUCACAGAAAACAAAGUAGGUUUUUAUCUCAAUGUUGUUUAUUUAUAGGAUUUUCUUGGCAUAUAGAUGUCAUGUACUAGUAAUAUUUAUUAAAAUUAGUGUUGUACUUUUGCUCUGUUUGCAUCAGUGUUCAUAAUAAAAUCGGUCUGAUUGUUGUUUUUCAGAGCUUGCCAUCAGAAAUUGAAGUAAAGUACAAGAUAGCCGAAUGCUACACCAUCUUAAAACUUGAUAAAGAUGCCAUCGCAGUGCUUGAUGGUAUUCCAUCCAGACAGAGAACCCCAAAGGUAAGUGGCUGAACUGCUAUCCUGUGGUCGUUACUAAAGUUGGUAUAACUAGAGAAGCAAGCGGUCGGCAACAUUCAUCUUUUGACGGGGUGUCUAAAUCGAUGUUACGGUGUGCUUGACCCCAAAUUAAUUUUAAGCCGGAAUUCAAACACACCGUCACACCGAGUUAGACACCUCAUCAAGAGAACUUUGUGUCUAUCAGCUUGUAAAAACACUGUAAUACAGUGCACCUUCUUGUUAUCUUAUAUUUCAGAUCAACAUGAUGCUGGCUAACCUUUAUAGAAAAGCUGGUCAGGAGCGUUCUGCUGUGACGAGCUACAAAGAGGUUCUGAGACAGUGUCCCCUCGCCCUGGACGCUAUCAUCGGUAUGCAUCAUCACACAGAAGACCACUUCACUGAGUCAUGUUUAAACUACAAAAGUUUAUUUUGCUUACAUUUGCAUGUUUACGUGCACUCAGUUGCUCUUUGUGGACUUUUUUUGUCCUCCAGGUCUUCUCUCAUUGUCAGUCAAAGGGGCUGAUGUGGCCUCCAUGACUAUAGAUGUGAUCCAGAGUAUCCCCAACCUGGACUGGCUCUCUGUGUGGGUCAAAGCGUAUGCCUUCAUACAUGCAGGAGACAAUCAAAGAGCCAUCAACACUAUCUGGUGAGCCAAACUGUAUAUUUAGUACAAAAUGAAAGACUAUAAUAAUUUAUUAUUAUGUUGGACUUGUUUCUUGUCCCUAACCUUCCCUCAUCUUCUCUCAGCUCUCUUGAAAAGAAAUCUCUGCUGCGGGAUAAUGUGGACCUGCUGGUGAGCCUGGCUGAUGUCUACUUCAGAGCCGGGGACACCAAGAAUGCCAUCCUUAAAUUUGAACAGGCCCAGAUGCUGGAUCCGUACCUCAUUAAAGGUGUGCUGCAGGAUGAGUGUUUAUUUUAUUGACCUAGAUUCUAUGGAAACCUUUAAAACCUGGUUUCACAGUCAUUAUUACCUGCAGCAUUGCGACUUUACUGUCCUGACUGGUUUUGUUGUUUGUACUUGCAGGAAUGGAUGUUUACGGAUACCUGAUGGCCCGAGAAGGACACCUGGAAGAUGUGGAAGUCCUGGGUGGGCGGUUAUUUAACAUUUCAGACCAGCAUGCAGAGCCCUGGGUGAUCUCUGGGUGAGUCUCAGCAGAUGUUUUAUAGCUGGUUUCAGGGUUAUGUUUGUCUAAUCACUGCUGUUUGUUGUUCAGCUGUCACAGUUUUUACAGCAAGCGUUACUCCAGAGCGCUUUACCUGGGAGCCAAGGCCAUCCAGCUCAACAGUAACAGCGUGCAGGCUCUUCUUCUGAAAGGCGCAGCGUUGAGAAACAUGGGGCGCGUUCAAGAAGCCAUCAUCCAUUUCAGAGAGGCUAUGCGCCUCGCACCCUGCCGACUCGACUGCUAUGAAGGCAUGUGUGACUGUUCUACUCUGUCCUAAUUUAAUCUCAGUGUUUUGUCAGAUGUGGCGCAUUUCUAUUCUGCAAGCACUGACUCUUGAGCUCUGACUCCGCAGGUCUGAUUGACUGUUACCUGGCCUCCAACGGGAUUCGAGAGGCUAUGGGGAUGGCUAACAACAUCUAUAAAACACUCGGGGCCAAUGCACAGACUCUGACCAUCCUCGCCACAGUGUGCCUGGAAGACCCAGUGACCCAAGAGAAAGCCAAAACCCUGCUGGACAAAGCGCUGGCUCAGAGGCCAGACUACACCAAAGCAGUGGUCAAAAAGGCUGAACUGCUCAGUACGUACAGCUUUUCAAAUCUACAAUUUCAUUUAGGAGCAGCUGGUUAAGAAACAUGAGUACAGGGAGUAGAAAUGCGUGGUGUAAUUAUGAUUAUUUAUUUUUGUGAAGGUCGGGAGCAGAAAUAUGAAGAAGGGAUCGCUCUCCUCAGGAAUGCCUUAGCCAAUCAGAGCGACUGUGUUCUGCACAGAAUGCUGGGGGAUUUCCUGGUAGCUGUCAAUGAUUACCAAGAAGCGAUGGAUCAGUACAGUAUAGCAUUAAGGUAACCAGAGGAUGUCUUUUCUACAUUCUUAAAAUUAUAUUAUACAUCUUGUUUUUAAGUGCUGUAUGGGCUCAAACCCUUAAGCUGUCAGGUUGUAAUUAUUUGUCUUUUGUCCUCAAUGUAAGCCUGGAUCCGAACGAUCAGAAGUCGUUAGAAGGCAUGCAAAAGAUGGAGAAAGAAGAAAGUCCCACAGAUGCCACAGUGGAGCUGGAUGGUGAUGACAUGGAGGGCAGUGGAGAAGAUGGAGACCUGGAGGGGAGUGACAGCGAAGCGGCGCAGUGGGCCGAUCAGGAACAGUGGUUUGGUAUGCAGUGACCCCCACUCAAAAAAAAACGGAGGGAAACACAGCGGCCCCUGUCUUCUCUCACACCGCGGCCUGUGUGGAGAUUUCAGCCAUCAGGGUAGUUCGAUGAUGCUCUCUUUCCAAAUUCGGACAUUAUAUUUAGCUGCUCAGUGGUGGAGCUCAUUGAAGCUCGUCUCUCCAGCCUCACAGGAUCAGCGGACACUCAACCUGGAGAAACCAAGUCAUCCUUGAUUGUUUAAGUGUUUAUUAAAACUCUCUCAUGUCAUUGAUCCUACACCGGCUUUAUCUUUUGCACUUCUUUUCUGCAUCUUUCUCUUUCUGUAUAUGGCCACAAGAAUUCAUGCAUCACUUCUCCCUAUAGUGAAAAUUUUUGCUAUGAGUGACACAAAAUCCUUAUAAUGUCAGGGAAUGUCAGUGUGUUUUAGAUUAUCCUAAAGUUACGUUGUCCAGUAAAGCAGAGGAGAUGUACCUGGGCUGGACCCUCAUUUGAGGGAGUACACUUUGGGGAUGGAAGGAGAAGUAAAGACGGUGAACGGCUGCAGUGAUCCUUCACACGUUAAACCAGCAAACUUUAAAUUUGCGUUCUGUUGAAACUCGACUGUGUUAGAGGUAAAAUGGCAACAGUCUCACAUGAAAAAUGUUACAAUUGUCAGUUAAAUAAGAGAAUAAUGACUAUUUUUCUGUGUUUGAAAAUAGCACGUCAUUUCUCAUGUCAUUUGUUUGUCAUUAUGUACAUGUUUACCGUUUUCUUUCUGACUGCCUUCAUGUAUAAGAGAAUAACCCUGUGACUGACUUCUUUAUUUGGGAAAUGAUCACCAUUUCAAGACAAUUGUUUAUAGUAUUUUGUACAUAUUUUUAAAGUGUAUAAUAAAAUUAUUAAACAUCCACUUGACACGAA